CGCAUCCUCCAGGUGGUGCAGGGGGAUGGCACCUUUGACGAGCCUGCUGUCCAGGCCUACAUGCACUCCUCUGGAGUAGAGUCUACCGGCAUAGACUACACCGUCGUGGCCAUCAUGGGACCCCAGAGCUCUGGCAAGAGCACACUGCUCAAUGCACUGUUUGGCACCAGCUUCACCGAGAUGGACGCGUUGAGCGGGCGAUCGCAGACCACGCGCGGCGUCUGGCUGGCCCCCGCCCCCCGCAUCUCCGAGCCCCUGACCCUGGUCAUGGAUCUGGAGGGGUCGGAUGGCCGCGAGCGCGGCGAGGACGACACCUCCUUCGAGCGCCAGUCGGCGCUGUUUGCCCUGGCGGUGGCCGACGUGGUGGUGGUCAACAUGUGGGCCAAGGAUGUGGGGCGCGAAUCCGGGGCCGGCAAGCCCCUGCUGAAGACCAUCUUCCAGGUCAACCUCAAGCUGUUCCAGCCCGCCGCGGGGCAGCGCCGCACCGUCCUCCUCUUCGUCUUCCGGGACCGCACCCGCACCCCCCUGGACCUGCUGCGCAGCACGUGGGAGGUGGACCUGGUGCGCAUGUGGGAGGGCAUCGCCAAGCCCCCGGCCUACGAGGGCCUGCCCCUCACCGACUUCUUUGAGGUGCAGUAUGCCGCGCUGGCCAACUACGAGGACCGGGCAGAGGACUUCAGGGCCGAGACCCACCUCCUCCGCCGCAGGUUUACGCAGGAAGAUCCGGAGACGCUGCUGCGCUCCUACCCCACCAAGCUGCCCGGUGCCGCCCUAGGCCUGAGCAUGGCCAAGGUGUGGGAGGUAAUCCGCGCCAACAAGGACCUCAACCUACCGGCCCACAGGGUGAUGGUGGCCAACUUGCGUUGCGCCGAGCUGGCCGAGGCCACCUUCCAGGCCUUCGCCGAGGACCCGGCCUGGCAGGAGGUGGCAGGGGAGGCGGACCUGGUCCCUGGCUUCGGCUGGCGCGUGUCAGACCAGCUCACAGAAGCGCUC